AUGGAGUUUGCCACUGACCAUGAGCUUAUGGCCUAUUAUAAGCGAUAUGCCAAGCAACAAGGUUUUGGUGUUAUAACACAACGGACGAAAAGAGAGGCCGAUGGGAGAGUGAGGUAUUUGACGAUUGGGUGUGCGCGAGGUGGCAAGUACCAACCUAGCCAUAGUAAUAUAUCGAGGCCGCGUCCAACUAUUAAAACGGAUUGUAAGGCAAGGAUAAAUGCGCACUUGGUGAAGGGUACUUGGGAGCUGACCAGUGUUGAACUUGCUCAUAAUCAUGACACUGUCAGCCCACAAAAAUCUAGAUUCUUUAGAUCGCACAAAAAUCUAGACGAAUACAGUCAAAGGAUGCUUGAUUUGAACGACAGAGCUGGUAUUCGAAUAAAUAAGAAUUUUGGGGCACUUGUUGUUGAAGCGGGGGGGUUCAAGAAUCUUGAUUUUCAAAAAAAAGAUUGUCGAAAUUUUAUUAACAAAGCCAGGAAAUUGAGGUUGGGUAAAGGAGGUGGCGAAACCCUUACUGAGUACUUCAAGCGGAUGAGGUCGCAGAAUGAUGGUUUUGUUUAUAUGAUUGAUGUGGAUGAGGAUUUGAGACUGAGAAAUGUGUUUUGGGCUGACGCAUGUAGUCAAGCAGCGUAUGAGUAUUUCGGCGAUGUUAUUACUUUCGAUACGACAUAUCUUACAAAUAGGUAUGGUAUGCCGUUUGCCCCGUUUGUUGGUGUAAAUCAUCAUGGGCAGUCUAUACUGUUAGGGGCUGGGUUGCUUUCAAGUGAGGACACAAGUACUUUUGUGUGGUUGUUUGAAGCAUGGUUGGAGUGCAUGAAUGGUCGGGCGCCAAAAGCCAUUAUUACAGAUCAAGACCGAGCAAUGAAGGGUGUUGUUGCUAUGGUAUUCCCAAAUACUCGCCAUAGAUAUUGUCUGUGGCAUAUAAUGCGAAAGUUGCCUGAGAAAUUGGGGUCUCACGCUGCCUUCAAUGCAGGAUUGAAGACUGCCAUCCAAAGUGCCCUUUAUGAUUCACAGACAUGUGCAGAAUUUGAAAUGAAGUGGGGGCAAUUUAUUCAAAAGUAUGAUCUUAGUGAUAAUGCAUGGUUGACUGGAUUGUACAAUGAGAGGUCAUUAUGGGUACCGGCAUACCUUAAGGGAGUAUUUUGGGCUGGCAUGAGCACAACUCAAAGGUCUGAAAGUAUGAACGCGUUCUUUGAUGGGUUUGUGCAUUCUGGUACAACGUUGAAAGAAUUUGUUGACCAAUUUGACAAUGCGCUCCGAAAAAAGGUGGAGGUCGAGACGACGGCUGAUUUCAACUCCGCCAACCAAACCAUUCUAUGUUCAUCCGCAUUCCGCAUUGAGAAGCAAUUUCAAGCGGUGUAUACGAGUGCAAAAUUUAAAGAGGUACAAAAAGAGGUGUGGGGAAUGAUUUUAUCUAACUGCAUACUUAUAUGCAAGGAGGGUUGCAUUUCCACCUACGAUGUUUUAGAUGAAAUUACCACUGAUGAUGACCAUGUGAAGAGCGUCAAGUACAUUGUUUAUUUUAACGAGGAGGAGGUUGAUCUCAAAUGCACAUGUGCAUUGUUUGAGAUGAGGGGGGUCCUCUGUAAGCAUGCAUUGAACGUUUGCCAGAUGAAUAAGAUUCAUGCGUUGCCAGAAAAGUACAUCUUGGAUUGA